UCUCCUCAUUCAUCAACAAUUAUCGAAUUAUCUAAAGCUAAAUUAAACCGUCAACAUUUCAUUUUUCGAUAUCCAUUCCCGAGCAAUAUUUGUAACGUCCUGUUCAAAAUCUAAUAAAAUGCAUCUCUUAAAAUUACUUUGGUUGACUAUUUUCACCCUGUAUGGAACAAUUGCCUUGGCCGAAGGUGAAAAAUUGGCAGGACUCGUGAUAUACAACGCGACUCAUAGCUUAUCAGUCGUGAACCUUGAAGAAGCGGAAACCAAUCGAGAACUUGUCGAUAUCUUGAAAACGGCCAACAUGGCGUGCAGCGUAGGGAUCUGGAGAUUUUACCCCAGACCUAACUUUUCCUACGACCUCGGAACCUUCCCCGGUUAUCAAAUCGGCUUCGACGAAAACUACCGAUGUUUCAACAUCGCACCGACCAAUGGAGAUAUCGCCAACAUGUUAUCGUACCGCUCACUCGGACCAAUUUCCACAGACAACAGGUUAGACUUGGAUCAACAAUCGAUAACCUUGUACUCUGGAAAGUACACUUCCGGACAACGUUUGACCUUCACGUCCAGCUCCCAAUAUCCCAUUAUCAACAUUACAAGUACAAUUCGUGCCCAAUCUUUCGUCAUCACGGGUCAACACGACGCCAAUCCUACCACCCCGGAAGACUCUCGGGCCCCCGUCUUUAACAUUUUUUGGGACUUGAACGCCAGCGUGGACGGGAGGUCGUUGUGCGUCCAGUUAAUUAAUCUCAAUCCACAAGAGGAACGAUUCAAAAUGCACAUUCAAAACGAAAUGGAGUACAUUGAUAAGGACGGGAUAACAACGCAAAUUCAGUUUAAUGCCCUCAGAUAUUACACGUACCAAGUUGUCCUUGCAAACCCUAGACUUUGUGCUGAAAGAUUUGACGUGACAGCAUCAACAAUUACCAAACUCUCUUCAUUUACUGAAAUUCUGUAAUCAAUCAAAGCCAUAAGUUAUUUAUCAAUGGCUUGAUGGGGAAAAUACUUUUAAUUGUCAAAUCAAAAUGCACGAUUUUGAGCUUUGUUCUUCACAGGGUCUGCAUUUCCGGGGAUGUGACACCCACAAAAAGGCGAAAAUCUGCAUCGAGAAGACAACGAAGAUGCAUGGUUUGCUAAGAAAUUAUUAGCUUUUUAUUAUCGCACUGUCAAAAUACAUUGUUCUUUUCGAUUUUACAAGAAUAAUGCAUUUUGACAGCGAUAAAAAGCUAAUUUCUUCACAAAACGUAAGACUUUCAUGUAGAUUUUCGUUUUUUUUGUGGGGGUGUAACACCCCCGGAAAUCCAAAGCUUGCAAAGAAAAUGGAGCUUAAAAUACUGUAUUUUGACAAAUGACAGUAUUUUGCCCAUAACACUCAACAACUUCAACUUCGUCUUAUCAAAGUUUUAAUAAAGCAAAUAUAUAACUAUA